AUGGCGGUAACACGUCGUAAUUAUAUAUUCGGCGCGUUUAUUUCCAGUGUUUUGUGCGUUAUAUUGACCAUAGUGGCCGUAGCCAGUGACAGUUGGAUAGUUUCAACUGCUUACACAGCGAACCAAGAUCAGGACAGUACCGUCCGAUAUGGAAUGUUUCGAGGAGAGUUCUCUCUGUAUAUCUUCGCUACACCAUCUUAUAACACCUUAUACAUGACAUGCAUCCCAGAAAUGAACGCGUGUGCAAUCAGUUGUAAGACCGAGGCGCAGGCGAGAGAAGAUGAGGUCCGGGCGUUAGCUGAAGGCUAUAGGACCAACCAAGCUUGCAUCGCAGUGACUACAGUCGACACAACAAACCCAUUGGAAACACCGCCAGUGAUAUCGUUCGCUGUAUACGUGAGCACACUUAUAUUGCUAUUCUUGAAGUUAACAAUGGCGGUUCUAGCGGCUUCAUUGGCCAUACUCAACGCAACUAGAAAUCCCACGGAACCUGUUUUCGGACUACCAGGAUGUCUUUGGACGAAUGUAGCGACUACAAUUCUGGGUUUGACCGUGAUGCUGUUAUUUGGGAUCUACUGGGCGACUUCUGGUCUGAAGAACCAUCUAGCGUUUUCCUAUAUAGCGUUGGGUGGUUUAGCACCUUCGCCCGGAUUGGGUUACUCGUAUUGGUUACUGAUAGGUGCAAUUUUGUGUUCAGCGACGAAUGUGGUUCUAAUAGAACUGAGAAAAUACCUACUUGAGAGAGACCCGCCUCCGCCUACCAUCAAAUUGGAGAACCAUUCAGACGGCUCUAUAUUCCUUUACUAACUCUUAGGAUAUAACAUACAUUAUAUUUAACCUGUUACAAAAGUGCUGGCCCUGGGACACUUUUUCAACUAACGAAGCAUCUAAUGUUUUUUUGUAGAAAUAAGUGACUGACCAAAAGGGAAAACUUCGUUUGGCCAGUUGCAGGCACGUUAGGCAUAAAUCAUGGCGUAAACUGGGAAAAAUGAUGAUAUGCAGUUCUUUUGUCCAUAUAUGACGUAUACACCACUGUCAAAGUCAAAGUCAAAAAUAGCUUUAUUCAAGGCCCAUAGGUGGCAAUUUUGAUGCGUACAUAAGAAUU